AUGGAAGAUCGAAGCAGACAGAACCAGGACCGGGAUCAGAACCAGGACUCGGAGAUGGACCCAGAUCAGAACCAGGACUCUGAUUUGGACCCAGAUCAGAACCAGGACCAGGACCAGGACUCCAUCAGGACCGGAGCGGGAUGCUCCUCUGCUGGUCUGCAGAAACAUACAGGCAAAGAGAGACCCACAAGUUACUGCUGUAAGAAAGUCCUCAUCUCUUCAUCAGGUCUGAAGGUACAUAAGAGGAUUCACACUGGAGAUGAACCGUUCAGCUGUGAUCAGUGUGGAUCAGCUUUUACCCAAUCCGGUUCUCUAAGGACUCACCAGCGUAUUCACACUGGAGAGAAACCAUUCAGAUGUGAUCAGUGUGGGGCCGUUUUUACGAGACAAGAUACACUAAGGACUCACCAGCGUAUUCACACCGGAGAUAAACCUUUCAGCUGUGAUCAGUGUGGGGCAGCUUUUAUUGAAUCAGGAAAGCUAAGGAUUCACCAACGUAUUCACACUGGAGAUAAACCAUUUAGAUGUGAUCAGUGUGAGGCAGCUUUUAUUGAAUCAGGAAAGCUAAGGAUUCACCAACGUAUUCACACCGGAGAUAAACCAUUUAAAUGUGAUCAGUGUGGGGCAGCUUUUAUUGAAUCAGGGAAGCUGAGGAUUCACCAACGUAUUCACACUGGAGAUAAACCAUUUAGAUGUGAUCAGUGCGAGGCAGUUUUUAGGAGACAAGACACACUAAGGACUCACCAGCGUAUUCACACUGGAGAUAAACCGUUCAGCUGUGAUCAGUGUGGAGCAGCUUUUGCCCAACAAAGUAAUCUAAGGACUCACCAACGCAUUCACACUGGUGAUAAACCGUUCAGCUGUGAUCAGUGUGGAGCAGCUUUUACCCAACAAGGUAAUCUUAGGACUCACCAACGUAUUCAUACUGGCGAUAAACCAUUCAGAUGUGAUCAUUGUGGGGCAGCUUUUACUGAGUCAGGAAAUUUAAGGAUUCACCAACGUAUUCACACUGGAGAUAAACCAUUCAGAUGUGAUGAGUGUGGGGCAGUUUUUACAAGACAAGAUACACUAAGGAUUCACCAGCGUAUUCAUACUGGAGAGAAACCAUUUAAGUGUGAUGAGUGUGGGGCAGAUUUUACCCAACAAGGUCAUCUAAGGACUCACCAAAGUAUUCACACUGGAAAUAAACCAUUCAGAUGUCAUCAGUGUGGAGCAGCAUUUACUCAUCAAGGUAAUCUAAUUACUCACCAACGUAUUCACACUGGAGAUAAACCAUUCAUAUGUGAUCAGUGUGGCAAACCUUUUACCACAUCAGGUUGUCUAAGGAGUCACCAACGUAUUCACACUGGCGAUAGACCCUUCAGAUGUGAUGAGUGUGGGGCAGCUUUUACCCAACAAGGUCAUCUAAAUAAACACAGAAGUAUUCAUACUGGAGAGAAACCGUUCAGAUGCGAUCAGUGUGGAGCAAUUUUUACCACAUCAAGUAAUCUAAAGAGGCACCAACGUACUCACAGUGGAUAAAAACUACGUCUAUGAUCCAUCUGUGGCAUCUUUUCAUUUGGGAAUUUAGUUGAAAGGCACCAAUUCAAACAUGUAAAGAAAUAUUUCUGGUGCUUAGAUUUUCAGAAAGGUUUUGAAUCAAGAAAACAUAAACAAAUUCCUAUAGGAUGGAACCUCUUUUACUAUGACAAGAUUUGGAGAAUUGAGUACAACACCAAAAGUAUCUAAGAUGCUUUAGAGGGUGUGUUGUAUCAUUGCGCAUGAAAUACUGAUAAGAAUUGUGGUGUAAAAACUAGUUAAAUUCUCUAAGCAUGAAAAUAUGUGAAAAUGUAUUCUGCUUGUAUCCUACCAAUAUGUUUACACUUAUAAUCCAGCAUAACACUAAAUAGACUCAUAACUUGGUAACACUAAAUAAACUUAUAAGUCAAGGUCAUAAUAAUGCAAAAACACUAGAGCAGCUGAGAUUGUCCUUGCCAUUGUUUGGCUUAAGGUUUUUCUCCCACUAGGGGAGUUUUUACCUGCUCAGUGUUUGUGUAAUAAUUGCUCUGGGGUCAUUUUCUGGGUCUCUGGAAAGCACCUAGAGGCAACUUCUGUCGUAAUAGAUGCUAUAUAAAUAAAAUUGAAUUGAAUAUGAAAAUGCUUACACCGAAUGUGCUGUUCCCCUGCCUUUGUAGCCACCUACUAGUGAUAUUUAGUAUUUGUUUCUUUUUUUUUUUUUUUUUUUUACUUUCUCUUCUCCAUGUGCAUCCCUUCAAAGUUAAAAGCCUGCAGAGCACAGUGUUACUUUUACGUUAGAGCCUCGGGAUACAUUUGUCCGUGAGUAAUAUUUGCAAACUUCAAUAGGUGUUCCUGCACAUGUUUACAGUGUCAGUGUUGAUGUAUGUUUAUAUAAUGGUUGUAUGUAAAUUCAUUUGUUCUGUAUUGUUCAGUUUUACAGACACAACAAAAGUUAAACUUCAUGCGAGGAAGGCAGUUUUUCUGCGUUUUUGUUCACUAUCUGUUUAGCUUUGUUCAGCUACGCAGGACAGAAUAAUAAAAGGACAUCCACACAGCGGGCUAAGACACAAGAAUCAAAUGCUAAACAGCACAGAGUGAGCAGCUACGCCAUGGAGCAACAACAGGACAUUGGACAUUGUCUACAUCAGCUGCCUCCCUGCAGGUCCCAUGCAGUUAUACUAAACUGAGUUCUGGGCAGUAAAAAAUUGACGGCUGUCCAGAAAGCUACGGGGCUUGGAAAUCUUCCUUCCAAGUUGUCACUAAUAGAUCUCGAUUUAUCAGUCAGAGAAGAGCUUGACCUAUUGAUUAAGUGGCUUGGUUCACAGUCCACUUCUCAACCCAAGAGAAUUAGAUCACUCAGCAGGUAUUUGGAUGAUCUGACAGCGAUUAGAGGACAUGCAUGGCUCUCCCGAGGUCAUAGAACUUGCCCUGCUACAAACACUGGAGAAAAUAAAAACAGAGACAGUCAGCAGCUCAGAGAAUUGGGGGACUUACUUGUAGAGGUAGAGUCAUCAAAGGCAGGUGGCCACUUACCUGGUUUGGCCUAUCAGACACUUCACAAGGAGUCAAUCCUGUUGUAGAAAAGCUGUCACAUGGCCUGCAAGAACACUGGGUUGUACAAGGCUCCAAGUAUAAAGGAGAAUAUGGUGUUUUAUAUUCCACCGUUCAGUUUCUUUGUAGAUUUCGUCUGCCAACAAGCAAAGAUCAGGAAUGAUACAAGUUUUGCAAGACAUGCAAAACUUGUGCGCCGCCACAUUCACAAAUAUUCAGACGUAGAACCGUUUCUUAGGAAGAUACAUUUUUUUGUUUUCUGAGGUUCAGUUCAAACUUAGACAUGUAAUAGAAUAAAGAGUUUGGAUCAUCAGCAGACAGAAAGACUAAACGGGAAUGUACCGUAUUUUCUGCACUAUAAGGCGCU